UCAGGUCUCAACACAGCAGAGAGAGUCCGUCCAAAUGAGAAUGUGCCAAAAUACAAGGGCUCCCUCCUCCUCCUCCUCCUCUCUGUGUUUUAUUAUUUCACUUCAUUUCUAAGAUUAAAAAAGGUUUGGUUUUUGGUGUGGGUUUCUUGGGUGUUUCCUUUUUUCUCGUGGUCCUCAUGGAUGAUGAUGGUUCAUGGGUCAUAGAGAGCUUAGACUCUCUCUGGUUCUUCUCCAAUGUUCUUUCAUCAUCAUCAUCACCAACUGCUGCUACUCAGUUUCUGAGUUUCCCAGCUAAUGAAACUCCACCUACAGAGCCCAUUAAAGAAGCUGUUCUUCAAGAACCAUCAAAACCCAUUUCACAGAUGCUGCUUCAGAUUCAAGACAACCAUACUCAUCACGAAUCUCCAAGGUGCUCCAAAUGUGGAGACCUUGCUGCUGCUGCUGCCGCCGAGAUAGAACUGGAAAUGUGGAAUCCAAUCAUAAACAUGGAAGAAGAUAUGGUAGUGGAAUCUUCAAAGUACUGGAAGUGGACGGCAGCUCCAAAGGAAGAGACAAGGAAGAAGAGGAGGAAGAGAUGCAAGAAGACCAUGAAACAGAGGAGAAAGAUUCUGGGAGAGCUUGAUUUGUGUUCUGAUGGCAAGCAGGUAUGGAUGUUGGACGGAAAUUGUGGAGGUGGGUAUUGCAAUGGGAGUUUUGGAUCAGCUGAAUUUUGCAAGUAUAAUUAUAAGAUGCCUCCUUUUCACGAUAAUAUGGCCAUGAAAGAGCACCUCAAGUACUGGGCUUAUGCGGUGGCCUGCACUGUUAGAUAAACAACUAAUUAAUUAGGCUCUGCUUCAAGAAGGGUGCAGAAAACCAGCUAGCUAGGCUCUCUAACUUCUUAAUUACGAACUCAACCUUGCAGAAAUUGUCUCAAACUAGCUUACUUAAGCUAGCUAGCUGCUUAUUUCUAUCUCUAUCUCUCUCUGUUUGUCUGAUCUGGGAAUUUACUGACAGUAUAAUGAUCCGACAUGAAGCAUUCUAGGUUGUUCUGUUGUAUUCUCUCUAUGGAAUUGAAAAUUUUGGGUUUUGGUUU